AUGGAUCAUGAGAGCAAAAAUACAUCACCUGCGGGAGAUACGUUUAUACUGAAUGACGAUAGAGCUGAAAAAGUACCAAUGGUGGAAGAGGAAGAUGACGACGCUGACACCCGGAAGUGCGGACUCGGAUCAUGCCGACCUGAUUUUCUACAAAAAUUCGCCAAUAUCCAAUCGUUUAUCGGCGUGUACAGCAUUGUAGGUACUAUGACGUCAUUAAUGUCGUCCUAUCUAGGAUCACAGAUUCCAAGUAUAGAACGGCAAUAUGGAUUAAAAAGCAGUUAUAGUGGAUUUAUUAUGAGUUUUAACGAUAUCGGUUACUUCAGUUUCAUCCUCUUCAUCAGUUCUCUAGCAAAGUACGUACACAUUCCUCUAAUUUUAUUUUGGGCUUUCGUGCUUUAUGGCGUGUCAGGGAUUCUUUGUAGUGUCCCCCACUUUAUCAGUCUUGCUAGUAACAGCAUUCAGUUCGUCACUUCUGACCCAUUCGCAAUGAUCAACGGAAGUAAACCCAUAAUGGCGGCUUCCAACAACAUUCCAUUAUGUAUUACACUAAUCAACGAAACGAAUGUGACGUCUGACGCAUGCGUGAGUGGAAAUGCCGAACAAGCUUCCGGAAUCGAGCUUGUGAAUGACGGAAUCAGACGGAUGUUCCUUGCGUUCUUUGGAAUUGGUAUGAUGCUUCAGGGUGUUGGUAAAUCACUGAGAGGACCCUUUGUCACUGUUUAUAUUGACGACAACGGCAAACGAAGCAGGACCGGAUUCUACAUGGGAGUGAUCAUUGCAUUAGCAAUAUGUGGACCUGUACUGGGCUAUGUAUUUGGGGGGAUGUUGAGCCGGGUUUAUGUCACAUUAGGUUAUGUUUUGGUUACAGACGUUGAUAUGUCUCCACGUGACCCUCGAUGGGUAGGGGCCUGGUGGCUGGGGUUCCUGGUGUUUGGAGCCGCUAGCAUUGUGUGCUCAAUUCCUCUUGUCUUGUUUCCAAGAAAUCUGAAGAAACAGGCGGUUCCUGUUGUUGAAGGCAAGACCAGAGAGGAAAUGAGUCGGAGAGAAAAAAUAAAAGAGAGUGCCAUGUCGUACUUGAGAAUAAUAAAGAACCCUGUCUACAUGGCGCAGAUGAUCAGUUCAACACUCGAUAUGGCUGGCAGAGCAGGAUACUAUGCCUUUCUCUCCAAAUAUAUACAUACUCAGUUCAACAUCCCGUUAUGGCAGGCCAAUAUCACUCUAGCAUUCGCCAACAUCUCCUCCGUGGCCAUUGGAUCCUUCGUUGGUGGGUUUAUUACCCGGCGGAUGAAAUUGACGCCUUGUAAGACGUUUGGACUUCUUGUUGCUUUCUAUGCUGCUAACAUACUUCUCUUUGCUGGCUGUCUGUUCCUGGGGUGUGAUCAACCACAAAUCAUUGGUCCAAACAGUAAAAACGGAGACAGACUUCUGUCUUCAAACUUUUCUGCCGUAUGUUCAUCAAAUUGUGGCUGUAAAGAAGAUGAUUUCUUUCCUAUUUGUGGAUCCAAUGGAAUUAGUUAUCACUCUCCGUGUUACGCUGGGUGUGAGUCUCCGCUAGGGAAGGGCGGAAACUUUGCCAAUUGUACCUGUAUACCGGACGGAAAAGCUUCCGCGGGGCUGUGUGAAACGGACUGUGGAAUGUUGUAUCCUUUCGCCGUUAUCAGUUUUGCCGCAGGAUUUAUAGUGGCUCUUUCCAUUUCACCGAGUAUCAUAGCCAAGAUAAGAUGUGUGGAUGACCGUGAUAAAUCCACGUCCAUAGGAUUAUCUUCAUUUUUUGCGUCCUUGUUGGGGUUUUUACCAAGUCCGAUUAUCUUUGGGAGAGUUGUCGAUUCCACUUGUUUGAUAUGGCAAAAAAGCUGUGACACCGAAGGAGCAUGCUUACUAUAUGAUAAUGUUGACUUCCGGUUAAAAAUCCAUCUGAUCCCGCUCAUCUAUAUGUUUGCUGGAAUGUGUUGCUUGCUGUUCGCAUUUUAUAAAGUUCGCUUGUUGAAAAAAUGGCCAAGUGAGGAAACUGAAGAAUACGAAAUCGUCUUAUUAUCGGAAGGAAAAGACAAACAGAACACAAGUAAUAAAGGAUAA